AUGCUGAGUAAACAUCAACAAAAACAGAAAAAGACAAAACCGAUUGAAUCUCCCGUAUCAAAUGUAUUUCAUUUAUCACAAGAUGUAAUGGCAGCUCGUGUUUUUAGCAUUGUUCAAACAACGACAACAAAUUAUGCUCAAAGACCCCUAAGAAUGACUAAUUUGAAAUGUUCAUUAGUACGAACAAGUGACAAAAGUAAAAAAGAAAAUUUUGAUGCAGCUAUGAAAGAAUUAUCUGAUUUUCUUGAUCAAGCUGAACAAGUACAAAUUCAUGAAAGCACAAUUCGUCCAGCUGCUAAACGUCUUCGUUCAUCACCGCCAUCACCCACCGCCUUGGAACAGUCACAAUCGACAAUUACUCGUUUUGCUAGUCAUGAUAGUUAUUUAAAACCCUUUCCACCUGUACCACCAGUCUCACCUCCGCAAACAAGUUUAUUGCUAGUACCACAAAAUGAUAAUGACUAUUCAUUUUUUCAAGAUGCAUGCUUAUCAGAAUGGAAUACACCACCAUCAAAUAGAAAAAUGGCUUCAGUAAUUACCACACCAGUAACGACAGCAAUAGUAUGUGAAACAGUUAAGAAAAAUCGAACAAUGUCAUCGCCCGUGACCAUAUUCCCGUCAAGUAAAAAAUCAACAGUUGUAGAAACAAUUACGACAAUUCAAGAUCCAACAGAAACUGUUAUUAAACAAGAAAAACAGCUACCUAUUACUACCACUUCUAAUAUGAUUGAUUGGGGUGACGAUGGUAUUGAUGACUGGCUUAGUCAAAUUCCAAUGGAAAGUCUUGUAAACGAAAGUUUAAAACCUAAAAAACCACUGUCAGUUGAACAAACUGAUGAAAUUACAAGAGUGGUGUGUGAUGAUUCGUUAUUGAAUGAAAGCAAGACAGAAUAUAAUACCCUCACAAAAGAGCAUAAUGAAGCAUUCAAGACAUUUGUUAAUCCAAAUAACGAUUUGAACGAUACAACGACUAUUGACAUGUCUGUAACAACUCUUCAAAGUCCCAAAGAUUUUGUUCCACCUCGUCCCUCACCGCCAAUUACAACAAAAAGUGUGGCAGCUAUUCAUCGAACGACAACCGAUCCAUUACCGACACAUUGUUAUCUCCAACAAAAACAUGAGUUAAAUGAACUAGAACGUGCUCGUAGUGAUUCGGUUUCUCAAUCUACGAGCACUUUUACAGUAGUUAAAAAACUCUGUACACCGGAAGAAAUUGAACAAAAACGUCUAGCAGCAUUACAAAAACGUAAACAAUCAUCUGUUGCUGAAGUAAAAAAACGUUAG